AUGCUUCGUCCAGACAACAUUGGUUUGAAUUUGGAUAUUCACCCUGAUGCGUUGGCCAUGAAUCAAGCAAGUAGAGCGGGAAAGACGCCCGAGGAAAGCCGUAUUUUAAAAGCAGCGGAUUGUAAAUUGCCCAUGUUUACAAGAUACCGUGAAAGUACCUGCAACGAGAACUUUUUUUUCGUGCAAGUCGUUGCGCCGAAAUUUGGCCUUUCCGCACACCCGGAAGAAAGUUGCGAGGUAGAAAAACAGACCAUGGAUAAAAUAGUCCACUGUUUGAACAACAUGAAACCCAAACCAAGAUUUUUGGUUGUUCAUGGAAAUUUCACCAACGCUGAGCCAAACGACAAAGAAUUUUUCCCGCAGCUAGAGUUAUUCAAGUCUUCGUUCGAUAAUCUAAGCGCGGAAAUACCCGUUGUAUGUGUUUGCGGUCGCUCGGACUGCGGAGAUCCACCGACUUUAAGCUACGUUGAAUCAUAUCGUAAAACGUUCGGCGAUGAUUGGUUUGCUUUCUGGGUCGAAGGAGUACAGUUCUUGGUGCUAAACACGGCGUAUUUCAAAGAUCCAAGUGGAAACACAGAAAGUUUAAGGAUAGAACAACGAGAAUGGCUGGAGUCGAAAUUAUUAGAAGCUCAGGUUAAUCCGCCGCGACAAAUAAUUCUUCUUCAAUCUACUCCGUGGUUCUGUAAAUCUAUAGAUGAACCUUACCAUGAUAAUAACCUUGAUGCAUGUGUCCGUCAAGAAGUUGCCCCUAAACUUACCGAAGCUGAAGUAAAAUAUGUAUUCACAGGUCACGUAAAUGGUGUAGGAAAAGACCAAGGAUUAGAAAUAAUUCAAACGAGUUCUUUAGGAAAGGAAAAACUAGGUUUUCGUGUUGUUAAAGUAAAUCCUGAAGGCGUUUUGCAUAAAUUUUUUGAGUUGGACAACUCCCCUAUCGAUCUUAAUUCACAAUUGUAA